AUGUCAGAAAGCCAGCAAUUGUUUUCCCGUUUCGUCAAUUAUCCGACCCCCAAACCUUACGACGUGCCGUACCAAGCCCCACCUCCAGGAAAGAACCCAGUGAUCAAAGGGCCAUUGCUGCACUACCUCGCCAAUCUCGUUGCGACCGUACCUCUGGUGCCCGGAAUCCUCUGGAGCAAUGCUGGCUUCAAUACCCUGCGGCAAUGCCGACAACUCGACGGCGUCGAUGCGCGUUAUGACCCAACCGUGAUUCCGCUGUCUCAACCAGACGACGAAGCUCCAGCGAGCUACACAGACAAGUCGAACCUUCGCACACCAUUGGACCACGCGUCGUCUAGCCGCUUUUAUUCGGUCAAAGAUUUCCACGACGGAUACUCGAAUGGCGCAUUCACACCGUCGGACGUCAUCGAACGCUUGCUGCCGCUCAUCCGCAGAGAUGUCGCGCAGCGCUCGCCGUAUUCGACAGCGUUCAUGGAAACCAAGGUGGAUCUUGUCAGGCAAGCCGCUGAAGCCUCUACACAGCGAUAUAAAGAAGGAAAGCCACUGGGAAUACUAGAUGGUGUACCGUUUGGCGUCAAGGACGACCUGCGAGUGAAGGACUACAAGCACUAUGUCGGCACAACGCAUGACUACAGCAAUGGCGGCAACAAGGAAACCAGCUGGUGCGCAAAGAUGUUGGAGAAAGAAGGUGCCAUCUUAGUCGGGACGCUCACAAUGCACGAACUGGGCAUGGAUACAACCAACAACAACCCUCAUUGGGGUACACCACGAAACCCAUACAACAGCUCCUACUACCCCGGCGGCUCCUCAGGCGGCGCCGCAUCAGCCGUAGGCCACGGCCUGAUACCCUUUGCCAUAGGCUCCGACGGCGGCGGCUCCGUCCGCAUCCCCAGCAACUACUGCGGCGUCUACGGCCUGAAGCCCUCACACUCGCGCGUAUCCAUCGCCCCAAUGCCCAACUCCGGGAAAUCCGUAACCGUACGCGGACCCCUCGCAAGCACCAUGUCCGACCUGGAGCUUUCCUACCGCGUGCUCGCCCAACCAGAUCCAUCAACCUAUCCCUCAUCGCUCUUCGCUCCACCACGCAAGUUCUCAGCCCAGCGCAAUAAAGUGCUAGGCGUACACAAACAAUGGAUCGACCGCUCCGACCCCAUAGUCCAAGACUCGUUCUAUCAAGCCCUCAAAUACUUUGAACACGAACUCGGUUACAAAGUCAUCGACAUAUCCAUCCCCCUACUCACCCCCGGUCAACUCGCCCACGCAAUGACCAUCAUGGCCGAAGGCGCAGCCGCCCACCGCUCCUCCAUCUACGCCCUCACCCCCGCAAACCGCAUCCUCAUGAGCGUCGGACGUCAAACUCCUGCUACUGACUUUUUACUUGCCCAACGCCUCCGCAACCUCAUCAUGCAGCAUCUCGCCGACCUCUUUCGCAGCCACCCAGGCCUCGUGAUUGUUACGCCUACAACGCCGAAUGCGGGGUGGCCAAUCGAUGAGGCAGAGCUCUCGCAUGGCGUUACGAAUGGCAAUAUGCAGAUUCGCAAUAUGGAGUAUGUGUGGUUGGCGAAUUUUACCGGUGUGCCGUGUAUUCAAUUUCCGGUCAAUUAUGUGCAGGGUGUCAAGGGAGAGGGGCUGGUGCCGAUUGGGUUGAGUGGACAUGGGGAGUGGGGGAGUGAGGAUGCGCUGAUUGAGUUUGGGUUUGAUGGCGAGAAGUGGUUGCAUGAGGGGAGGGAGGGGGGAAGAGCCAUGCCUGAGGCGUGGGUUGAUGUGUUGAAGUUUUGA